UGGGGUCCUCUCAAACACACCACAAGACAAGUGAAGAUGGCGGACGUGCUGAGCGUUCUCCGUCAGUAUAACAUCCAGAAAAAGGAGAUCGUCGCCAAAGGAGAUGAAGUUAUAUUUGGAGAAUUUUCGUGGCCGAAAAAUGUUAAGACCAACUACAUAAUUUGGGGAACCGGUAAAGAGGGACAACCAAAAGAAUAUUAUACUUUGGACUCAAUCUUAUUCUUACUCAACAAUGUGCAUCUUCCUCACCCGUCAUAUGUGCGGAGAGCUGCCACUGAGAAUAUUCCUGUUGUUAGGCGACCUGAUAGAAAGGGCUUACUGUCCUAUCUCAAUGGCGAAAGCUCUACAUCGACAAGUAUUGACAGAAGUGCACCCAUAGAAAUUGGUUUGCAAAGGCCAACACAAGUAAAAAGAGCAGCAGAUGAAGUAUCUUCUGAAACAAAAAAACCUAGAAUUGAGGAUGAAGAGCGAGUACGUCUGGACAAAGAGCGCUUGGCAGCUCGUCUUGAGGGACAUAAGGAAGGCAUUGUACAGACAGACCAGAUCAGAUCAUUGUCUGAAGCCAUGUCUGUGGAGAAAAUCGCAGCCAUCAAAGCCAAGAUCAUGGCCAAGAAGCGUUCCACCAUCAAAACUGAUCUGGAUGAUGACAUUACCCUGAAGCAGAGAAGCUUUGUAGAUGCAGAGGUGGAUGUCACCAGGGAUAUCGUGAGCAGAGAGAGGGUCUGGAGGACCAGGACAACCAUUCUACAGAGCACUGGCAAGAAUUUCUCCAAGAACAUCUUUGCCAUCCUUCAGUCAGUUAAAGCCAGGGAAGAAGGUCGUGCUCCAGAGCAGAGACCUGCACCAAACGCCCCACAAGUGGAUUCUUCUAUUAGAAAUAAACAACCAGUCCCAGCAGCCUACAAUAGAUACGACCAGGAGCGCUUCAAAGGAAAAGAAGAAACUGAGGGGUUUAAAAUUGAUACCAUGGGUACUUACCACGGCAUGACCCUGAAGUCGGUGACGGAAGGAGCAUCUGCACGGAAAGCCCAGACCCCAGCCCUGCAGCCUGUCCCUCGCCCAGUGUCACAAGCUCGACCACCCCCCAACCAGAAAAAAGGCUCCCGGACACCUAUAAUCAUUAUCCCUGCUGCUACCACAUCUCUUAUUACUAUGCUCAAUGCUAAAGAUCUUCUCCAAGAUCUCAAGUUUGUGACGUCAGAUGAAAAGAAAAAGCAAGGCAUCCCUCGAGACAAUGAGGUGCUUCUUCAGAGACGCAAAGAUCAGAUCCAACCGGGUGGCACAACCCUCAGUGUCACUGUCCCCUACAGAGUCAUUGAUCAGCCCCUUAAAUUGGCCCCACAAGACUGGGAUCGAGUUGUGGCUGUAUUUGUGCAGGGUCCUGCCUGGCAGUUCAAGGGCUGGCCCUGGCUGCUGCCAGAUGGAUCCCCUGUUGACAUUUUUGCCAAAAUUCGAGCUUUUCAUUUAAAAUAUGAUGAGGCCAAAACAGACCCAAAUGUGCAGAAGUGGGAUGUGGCUGUGCUGGAGCUGAGCCGCCAUCGGCGCCAUCUGGACCGGCCAGUCUUCCUGCGCUUUUGGGAAACCCUGGACAGAUACAUGGUGAAACACAAAUCCCAUCUCAGGUUCUGAGCCCAGGUCGGCAGCAGUCCUCCUGAUACUUUUCUUCCAGCGUGAUCCUGUUGAAUGAGCCACAGUGACCACCAAUCUCUCACACUUCAAAUGCACUGUGCAGGAUUAAAUAUUGUGUUUUAUAUAAUGUUCAUAUAAUUAAAAUACCAAAAUGUUUUAUAUAAUACAUGUUAAAGUUUAAACAAGAUUAGACAUCAUGAUAAAAAAGACAAAGUGUAAACUGUGCUGUCAUGAGAAACAACAGGGUUGUAUCAUCCUUUCAGUUUGGGUUUAUGGUCAGAUUGUACAUACUAAAACCAGCCAAAGCUCUUUGGGCUAUGGACUCCUCAUAUAAGUUUAUUUUUUAGAAAGGGGCUCUGAUUUUGAGUAAUAAAAGCUGUUCUAGUUCAGUUUUGACUUCAAACUAUGGUCAUGUUCGCUGAUAUUUCUUGUUGGUGUUGUGCUAAGAGUGAAAUGGUGCAAAGUACCACUUUAAGCCAUUUCAUAAAAAUUGACAAUAAAGCCUCAAAUAAUAA